GAUAGGUGUAUACGGAAUCGCGAAGCCGAAGCUCGGUGCUCUUUCUGCUCACAGUGUGUGCCAAAUUGUGCCUCGGAGUGUUUUCGUUUAUCUCGUCGAGUACUCGUGGUGUCUAUUUUGUGUUUGUGUGUGUGUGUGCCCCACGCUGAAACGAAUCGAUGGAUCGACGUUGAGAGGGAAUCAUUUCGAAGAAUUCGCGGGGAAAUAGCCAGAAAUGAAGACCACACAACGCGCGCUAAGCUUCGACGAAACGUCGAUGGACAGCUGUCCAUUAGCCGUCACCGAGGGAAGAGCGAACGAUUUGUUCAAGGAUACCGUCGAGGUGGAGGUGACGUCCCUGGAGGAGGCGAAAUCGGUGAUAGCGACCCUUCGAGCGAGGCAAAGGGCACAGGCGCAUCAGAUGCUCGCCUGGCGGAGGACCCUGAAAUUGCAGGAGGAUCUGGUAGCUCGAUUGUCGAGGGAAAAAGCCGAGCAACUCCGGACAUUAUCCUCGCAGUUGCUCCUGUUCGAGUCGAGGCUCUGUCGGAAGCAAAAGGAGAUCGAGGCCAGCCUGUCGCAACGAGAAUCUAUUAUUCUUAGACAACAGAGGGUGAUUCGACAAUUGCAGAGCAGAUUGGCGGAAAGAAGCACCGGCUUAAGGGACUCGCCGCCUUGCGACGCUCUCGAUAGAUUGGACAGCCUCGGGGAUAGCGACAGUGCCGUUGUUCUAGAGGAGGCCGCCGAUGACCUAGCGCCACCGAGGUUUCGUUCGAACAUCACCGACGUGACGGUGAUACGAUCGGUAUCGGACGCGGUCGAACCCUCGAGCAAAUAUUCGUCGAUGCGACGGUGCAACGGAUUCCUGCGGAGACCGGAAAUCCUGGAAACCGUUUACUCGGUGGAGGAGGACGGCGACAGCGAGAACAAUCAGGACCCGUCCGAGUCGACCGAGAACUCCGAGUGCGAGGACAGACGGGCGAAAAACUUGGGAAAUGGAAAAGGAAGGCUUCAGGAUCUUUACGGUAGCUUCGAGAGACUCGCUCAAGAAGCCGAUUCUCCGCCGAGCGAGAGACCGAGGGACGAGAGUCAACAAGCGCAGGUUACGUACAAUAGGGUAAUGAGUAAUCACAGAUCCGUCACGAAGCCAAAAGACGUCAAGUACAAGAGGAUAAACAAGGCAAAGUCAAAGAGCCUGGAAGAGCUGAGAGGACGGUUGAGAAAUUGGGUCGAAAAAGGGAACAAAAUUGCUAUAUCGUUGGAUCAGUCUUACGCCUGAGAAACGUACCUCCUGAAAGUACAUAUAUUCUAUAUCG